GCCACGUGACGGCCGCUAUAAGAGCGGCGGUCUGCGGACUCCCGCCCUCCCUGCUGGCCGCAGUCACCUACGGCGCCCGGCUCCGCCGACCCACCCCACCCAGCCACACCAUGACAGAUCAGGCUUUUGUGACGCUGACCACAAACGAUGCCUAUGCCAAGGGUGCACUGGUCCUGGGCUCAUCUUUGAAACAGCACAGGACUACUAGGAGGAUGGUUGUACUCACCAGCCCACAGGUUUCAGACUCCAUGAGAAAAGUUUUAGAGACUGUCUUUGAUGAAGUCAUCAUGGUAGAUGUCUUGGACAGUGGUGAUUCUGCUCAUCUAACCUUAAUGAAGAGGCCAGAGUUGGGUAUCACAUUGACUAAACUCCACUGCUGGUCACUUACUCAGUAUUCCAAAUGUGUGUUCAUGGAUGCAGAUACUCUGGUCCUCUCCAAUAUUGAUGAACUGUUUGAAAGAGAAGAAUUGUCCGCAGCACCAGACCCAGGGUGGCCUGACUGUUUCAAUUCUGGAGUCUUUGUCUAUCAACCCUCAAUUGAAACAUAUAACCAGCUGUUACAUCUUGCUUCUGAGCAAGGUAGUUUUGAUGGUGGGGACCAGGGCCUACUGAAUACAUAUUUUAGUGGCUGGGCAACUACAGAUAUCACAAAACACCUGCCAUUUGUGUAUAACCUGAGCAGCAUCUCAAUAUACUCCUACCUCCCAGCAUUUAAAGCGUUUGGUAAAAAUGCCAAAGUUGUACACUUCCUGGGACGAACCAAGCCAUGGAAUUACACUUACAGUCCCCAAACAAAAAGUGUCAAAUGUGAAUCCCAAGACCCAACUGUGAGUCACCCAGAGUUUCUGAACCUGUGGUGGGACAUCUUCACCACCAGUGUCUUACCCCUGCUCCAACACCAUGGCCUUGUCAAAGAUGCUGGCUCCUAUCUAAUGAUGGUACUUUUCUGAGGUUUGUUCUUCAUGAUGAAUUGGAAGAUGAAGAAGAAUGUUAUUUUACAUAUUAAGACACACACAACAAAAACAACUAAUGAGUAAUUGAUAGUCCUCAAUAUAGGCGUAAGGCAAGGAUAAAUAGCAUAUUCUUCUUAAUCAGUACUGUGUAUCACAUACCUACUCACAGCAGUGCCUACCAACACAGUAAGUCCUUAACUGCCUCAAACAACUAGACCAUUCAACUAAGUAGUCGUUAUUAUCCCCUCUUUAUAGAGAAAUUAUAAGCCUUAGAAGUCAUGGAAUUUUACUCAUGUAAAAGGUUACAGUAACAACUAGGACACAAAUCUAUGUAUGAAAGACUAUAAUCUUUACGAAAAUUUGAUUUCUAGAGCCUGUAAUUAAGUAUAGCAUUUUAUGGCUGAAAGGAGAAUUUUAUAAUUAAAUACUCAUCUAUUUUGUUAGCCCCAUACCAGGCUUGACCUCAGGCACCUCUCUCUUAGGGGCAUUCACUAGAGUAAACUCUAGUUACUGUACUGUGCUGACCCUGUCUUUAACAUCUGUCGCAAGUAGAAGGCAAAGACAGGGCUGAUCUGAUGUGCAUACUUCCUUGCUUUGCCUGAACUCUGACCUUGUUCUGUGCUUAAACUCCUUGGAGCUUCAGUACAUGGAUUAAUAGUUGUUCGCAUGAUGGUAACUAAACUUCUUGGAGUUUUAGUACAUUUAAAUGUUCAUCUACAGUUUUACACAUCAGUAAAAACCCUUUACCAAAACUCUUGGGGGUUUCAGUAUACUUACAAUUACAAUAUUUAUGCCAGUAAACCAAGUACAAAAAAAAAAAGUUCCACCAUUUUUUCCUUUAAAAAGCAUGACUUGUUUUUAGUCAUUUUUCUUCCUCUAGUAAGAUUUUCAGCAACAACUCAGCUUAGAGUUUUUGAUUGACAACACAAGUUGUCGUUUAUGGUACACUCAGUUGAUUGCCUACACAAAUGCAAGGAGAAUCUAGUUUAAGGUAGAGUAGAUUUGCUGCAUGUACCAUUCUUUCCCCAACACAAAAGCUGAGGAUUAUAAACCAAAAAAAAAAAAAAAAAAAAAAAAAG